UCGACCUUCAGAUCUCAGCGAUGAGUCCUCUAGACUGCAGGUUCCACAGCAGUUGUAGCUCCCAUGACUUCAGAUUGGAGCUGCCUGUGACACGCAGAGAUGGAAGCACAGCGUCAGCUGUGGUUAACGGCAGCCUCUUUCAGCCCCCAGUGUCUCUCAUGGAAACCCAAGGUGGGAGAAAGAAGCAGAAGGAAAUCCUGGAACCAAAAAGCACUUCAGCAAUGAAGACUGGAUUUUCUCUGAUUAUGAACAGCAAAAUAAAAUCUCUCCUGCAGACCUCUAAAGCUCUGUGCAUACUUUUUGGUGGAGAAAUCGAGCCAUUCAAAUGUGCUAUUGGUGGUGGAGACAGUGCAGCGUAG